CUCGCUCUCACCCCCCCCACCCCCCCUUUCCCAACCAACCACCACCACCCAACCCCCUCUCAAGUCUUUGUUAGCCAUGCCUAGCCUGGUAGUACCAGGGAUAAUGGAAAGGAACGGGGGUUUCGGCGAUUUAGGCUGUUUCGGUGGGAGCGGCAAAGACAGAGCGCUGCUGGAGGAUGACCGGGCGCUGCAGCUCGCCCUGGACCAGCUCUGCCUGCUGGGGCUAGGCGAGCCUUCCUCCUCCUCCUCCUCCUCCGCCGUGGUGCUGGUGGAGGACAGCAACAACAACAACAAUAACCCACCGCCGCCGCCGCCGCCGCAGCAGCCCCCGCCGCCGCCGCCGCCGCCUCCUCCGCCGCAGCAGCAGCAGCAGCAGCCGCCGCCUCCACCGCCGCCACCGCCGCCCUCGGCCCCGAAGGGCUCGGCGGCUCCGAGCGCCGGGGCGGCGGAACCCAAGUUGUGCGCUUUGUACAAGGAGGCCGAGCUGCGGCUCAAGAGCAGCUCCAACACCACCGAGUGCGUCCCGGUGCCCAGCUCCGAGCACGUGGCCGAGAUCGUGGGCCGGCAAGGCUGCAAGAUCAAAGCCCUGCGGGCAAAGACCAACACCUACAUCAAGACCCCCGUGCGGGGCGAGGAGCCGGUGUUCAUGGUGACGGGGCGGCGGGAGGACGUGGCCAUGGCCCGGCGCGAGAUCAUCUCCGCUGCCGAGCACUUCUCCAUGAUCCGAGCAUCCCGCAACAAGGCCGGCACCACGUUCGGCAGCGCUCCCACCUUGCCGGGGCAGGUCACCAUCCGCGUGCGCGUGCCCUACCGCGUGGUGGGCUUGGUGGUGGGACCCAAAGGGGCCACCAUCAAGAGGAUCCAGCAGCAAACCAACACCUACAUCAUCACGCCGAGCCGGGACCGGGACCCUGUGUUUGAGAUCACCGGCGCACCGGGUAACGUGGAGCGCGCUCGGGAGGAGAUCGAGACCCACAUCGCGGUGAGGACGGGCAAGAUCCUGGAGUACAACAAUGAGAAUGACUUCCUCUCCAGCAGCCCCGAUUCCGGCAUGGAGAACCGCUACUCGGAGGCCUGGCGGGUCCAUACGCCGGCACCGGGCUGCAAGCCCUUGUCCACCUUCAGGCAGAACAGCCUGGGGUGCAUCGGUGACUGCUCCGUGGACCCCGUCUAUGAGACGCCGCGGCUCAAUGACCAAAAUGACUUCAAUUACGGUUACCUCUUCCCCAACUAUGGGGUGAACAAGCAAGAUCUGUAUUAUGGGGUGCCGGAGUCGGGCGCCCCAAUGUGGGCCGGGCAGGAGAACACCAACCCGGUGUCGGUGCUCUUCUCCAAGCAGCAGCGGUCCAGCAGUACCGGUGCCAUCCAUCCCAACUCCCACCGCUCCCCAUCCUCCUCCAUCCAAGAGCCCAAUCUCUCCGCUCUCCCCAGGCGGUCGCAAGGGGAACCCCUGCAAGGGUUUUCCAAGCUGGGAACGACGAGCGCUGCCCGGACGUCCGUCUCCAGCAGCCGUGAGUGCAUGGUGUGCUUCGAAAGCGAGGUGACGGCAGCGCUGGUGCCCUGCGGCCACAACCUCUUCUGCAUGGAGUGUGCCGUGAGGAUCUGUGAGAGGACUGAUCCCGAGUGUCCCGUUUGCCACGCUGCAGCCACUCAGGCCAUUAGGAUAUUUUCCUAAAGAGACAGAGCA